UUUUUUUUUUUUUUUAAUAAAUUGUUAUUUUUUUUUUUUUUAAUAUUACAUUAUUUUUUUUAAAUAUGAGUUUUUUACAAUGAGUAUUAUAACGUAACAAUUACUACAAUAUUGAAAUGCCCGGAGCGAGCAACUCAUUCCCACUUUGUGCAAUCUUCUAGAUAAUCAUUGACUUUAUAGUAAGCUUUAUUGCACAGAUGUUCUUUAACAGUUUUCUUAAACCUAUGUAUAUGUAGGUUCUGAACAUCUUGUGGGAUUUUGUUGUACAGGCGCACAGACAAACACCCGAAUGAAUUUCGUAUCUUAUGUAACCUACUCAUCGGCACAACAAGCUUGUGUUUGUUCCUAGUAUUUCUAUUAUGUAUGUCCGACUUUUUAGGAAACUCCUCAAUAUGUUUACGAACAUACAUCAAAUUUUCAAAAAUGUACUGGGAUGGCAUAGUGAGAACUUUAAUUUCUUUAAAGAUCAUUGGGCGUUUUUUACCCGCUUUUUUUAAAGUCGCGAACAUAAACCAAAACACUUUUAAAUCAUAGUGCUUCCAAUCAUAUUUAAUAUUAUGUGGUUAUUUUAAUUCAUAACAAUGGGAAAAUGGAAAUAAAAGUAAAAUGAAAUUCAUAUUUUAAGUUGACUAUUUGUCCUAAUUACUAAAUAUGACCGCUCAGUAAGUUAAAAUAUCACUCCGUGGUAUUUUCGUAAAGUCAACCUGACUGAUAUCCGAUAAGUGGGUGUGCAUGUUGCGUUCUCUUUCUCGCCCAUUGUCGUAAAACAGGUUUGGUUGCGCUCGCGCAGGUAGCUAGCUUAUCUUACUACAACGCAGUCCUUCGUCAUCCGUCGUAGCGAUCUGUGUUUUACUGUGUUCCCAUUGUGUUCUGAGUCUACUAAUUACCUACUGCUUGUUUACUGGAUUUUGUUUGCCUUCGUGUUGGAUUUGGCUGUGAAAUGGAACGACGAAAUAGUUGUGUGUCGUGUGAGCGAUCAGUUCUACGUCGUAGAAGACAUCGUCUUACACAAAUGUUUUUAGAAAGAUAUCAUGACUAUGCAGUACUAUUAUUACAAGAAAUAAUGCCACGGGAGAUUGCAUUUGAUGGAACACUAUCAAUAUGCAACCCUUGCUGGCUGAGAUUUUAUCGCGCAGUGCAAGUCCGGCCAGUAGACGAUCCAUUACCUCAGCAAGUUCAAGAACCAUUACCCCAGCAAGUACAAGAAGAGGAAGUCCAAGAAAUAGUAGUUGACGUUCAACAACAACAAGACAUAGGUCUUAUGACUAUUCCUGGAUAUUUGCGUGUAUCUAAUACUGCUCGACGCUGUGUUUUUCAAAACUGCAGAAACGUACCAGCAAAUGCUGUGCCAAAAUAUGUCAGGUUACAUUUUUUUCGUAUUAAUAAGCUAUUCAUACCAAAACUUGCUCGAGUUUGCCAACCCCAUAUGAUAAACAAUGAAUGGGAAGAUCUACUUAAUGAGCAAAUACCUCUUCAUGAAAACUUUAAUAGUGCUCAUGUUCUCGAUAUUAUCGAGCUGUAUGAAUGGAGAUUGGAACGAGGAACUCAGUUGGACUUCGAAAAUAUUGAGGAGAUAGAUGACAAUGAACUACAUUUUUAUACGGGUAUGGAUAAAAUUCAAUUCAAUAAUAUUUUGAAUCAAACAUCUUCUCUACGUGAUAGAACCAACAGUUCUGCUACUGUUUUGGGACUGUAUUUAGUUAAAAUAAGAACAGGUGAACCAGACGAGCGUAUAGCUUCUAUGUUUAAUAUGUCGAGAAGAACAUUGGAACGAAAACUAAAAAUAGCUCGAGAAUGUUUAUCUGAAGAGUUUGUUCCCCGCCAUCUGGGUUUGGAUCACAUGACGAGAGAAGAUGUAGUAGCUCGCAACUUAACCAUCCCGAGUCAUAUUUUUGGAGGUAACCAGAAUGAACCUGCGGCCAUUCUUGUGUGUGAUGGAACAUACAUAUACGUGCAAAAAAGCUCCAACUUCCUUUUUCAGAGAAGAACGUAUAGCCUGCACAAAUUCCGCAACUUAAUAAAACCCUUUUUAAUUGUAUGCACAGACGGCUAUAUUGUAGACGUAUUAGGCCCGUAUCCAGCUAUUACUACGGAUGCCGAAAUAAUGCGUCACAUGAUGGAGGAGGAAGUUUGGUAUUGGUUUCUGAACGCCAACGAUAUUUUCAUAUUGGACCGCGGCUUUAGAGACUCUAUCCCUGCCAUCGAAGAGCAUGGAUAUGAUGCACAUAUGCCGCCAACAAGGACGAGAGGAGAGCAGUUGAGCACAGUAGAUGCAAAUAAAUCACGUCUAAUCACUAUGUGUCGUUGGGUGGUAGAGACUAUUAAUGGUCGCUUUAAAAAAGACUUCAAAAUAUUCCGCCAUGUUUAUUUUAAUGUAGCGCUUACAAAUAUGAUGACUGAUUUUAAAAUAACUGCAGCACUUAUCAAUGCCACUUAUCAGCCAUAUAGAGAUAACGCUCAUGCCGCAGAGUUUAUAAAUAUAAUAAAUGAGAAUAUAAAUAGAGAAAAUGAAUUGGUUGAUUACGUGAUUCGAAACAACUUAAACAGGCAAAGAGUUGCAUUCACGCCGAUAGAGGCAAACAAUCCCGAAUUAAGAGAUUUUCCACAAUUAACUUACGACGAGCUAUUUUUAUUUACCUUGGGAAUAUACCAUUUGAAAUUGGCCAAAUUUUAUUGCCAUGAACACAUGCGGCCAAACGGAGUGUAUAUAAUGGAAUUAUACCAUCGCAGAGAGUUGGUAGAAAAUAAAAUAUUAAUACGAGGCAGAAUACAGUCUCGUCACAUAAGAGCAAAACGCUAUUAUACAUAUAUACUAAUAAAUCCGGCAUUGCAAGGAAGACAAAGCCUCGAAGGGUAUUACUGUUCCUGUAUACACGGCCGCCGCACUGUAGGGAGUUGCGCGCACAUCGCCAGUGUGGUAUACUUUUUAUCUUGGGCUAUAUAUCAAGAAGAAUUUCACGCACCUGCGGCGUUUUUAGACGAAACUCUUGUAGAUUUGGAUGCGGCAGAAUAAAAGUAAAGAGAAAAA